UGUGUUCUACAUGGUCUCCCUGAACACAAGACCAAGUUGCGACAACGGGGUCAACCCACCUCUAUCGACUGUUUUUCGCUCUUCUUCAACUCACUCGUUGCUCUACCUGCCACGGGGAUACUUUCAUUCUCAAUCAACAUCCGCACGAUGCCUCUCCUCUUCACACAAUACGCAUUCGGUCAGCAACCCGGAGGCUAUUCGAAAUCCAGCUCUGCUGUGCGCCCAACUCGAACACACUCUGGCCGGGCCACGCGAGAGAAUGGAUUGCGUCAUUAUGUGCAUCGCCCCGGCCACAUUUGCAGUUGCAGUGGACAGGAGGUGAAAGAUAAACAGUCUGUUGGAUCAACUAAUUCUGCUUCAACACACGGUUAUCCUGUUGUCGGUGCUCCUGUCAGUAUCGGCUAUUGGCCUCCUCUGCAAGCAAGCAGUCCCAGUAACGUAGCUGGCAUGCUGGGUUCUAGGUCGGUCUCUAUCACCUCACAUGGCUUUCCUGGACAGGCGUCGCCUCCACCGACCCCGCAACAACCGCCUCAGAUCGCUGGAAAACACGGUGUGACUUCGGAAACAGUCAAUGGCUCAGUUAAUCGUGACCACGAGCUUCAAAAAGAGAUAGAUCUGUCUAAAUUACACGCUUUAGGCCCCAAAAUCAACCAAUUAUUCGAUUUUGGCUAG